UGUGGAUUCUUUCAAAUGGAGGGAUCGCCUAAUUCUGUGAACUAUUCGGAAAAUUGCCUAAAUCAGCAGAUGAUGGCGCACUUGAGUGAUGUGGAUGACAUAUCCGAUGUGGAUGGCGAAGAUGUUGUGAAGAAACUGCAAAACACCAUAACAUCAAAUUCGCAACCCGAAUACAGCACAAGAAGAAGAAGCAUAUUUAACACCACACUCGACUUAGCCGAUUUAGGAUCUGUUUGCAAUGCGACUAACGUUGGCAUCGAUGCCUUUGUGGAGCGAGUUGCGCGUGAGAAGCAGAAUUGGUGCAACUUCGUCACAAGGAACAUACAGAUGCUGAAGACGUCGCACGCAAACGGAGCGGAGGCGGGCAGCUACAAGCCCAGCAUGGAGCAGCAGGCGUAUUUGGAUCAGGGGCCUGAUCUGCAGAAUUAUGUACGCGGCUUUGGCACGUUCAUGAGCGAUGCCUGCGUCUUCAUGGCGGAGACGGAGCAGAUGCAGGAAAGAUUGGAGGAUCUCAAAGAUUGCUGCCAAUUUCACAUAAACGAAAUGCAGCGAAAUAAGGCCGCCGAAACUUUGGCUGGAAUCAAAGAUUAGCUACAAAUGAAACAUCAACUGUAAAUAAAUGAAUUCAACAAUUAA